AUGAAUUUUGGCCCAGGUCCCCAAGCUGCUUGCCUCCUUGUCCCUGCUUUCCUGUCCCUUGCUGGGCGCUGUCACUGCUGUUUCCCCCCUAAACUGGCCUUUCUCUUCCCAUUUGCUAGGUCAAGCUGGGAGCUGCCCGACCUGCGAGAAGGAAGAGUAAAAGCCAUCAGCGAUUCGGAUGGUGUGAGCUACCCCUGGUAUGGAAACACCACAGAAACGGUGACCCUGGUUGGGCCCACUAACAAGAUCUCCAGGUUCUCGGUGAGCAUGAAUGACAAUUUCUACCCCAGCGUGACAUGGGCUGUCCCUGUGAGCAACAGUAACGUGCCGCUGCUGACCAGGAUUAAAAGGGACCAGAGCUUUACCACAUGGCUGGUGGCCAUGAACACCACCACCAAGGAAAAGAUCAUCUUGCAGACUAUAAAGUGGAGGAUGCGAGUGGACAUUGAGGUGGAUCCCAUGCAGCUGCUGGGGCAGCGGGCACGGCUGGUGGGAAGGACUCAGCAGGAGCAGCCCCGGAUCCUCAGCAGGAUGGAGCCCAUCCCACCAAACGCACUAGUGAAACCCAACGCCAACGAUGCCCAAGUCCUCAUGUGGAGACCCAAGCGAGGCCAGCCUAUAGUCGUGAUACCUCCCAAGUAGAGCAGCGCCGGCGCGCGUGCGUGAGGACUGGGGUGCUGUCAGCCUGCUGCAAAUGAACGGGGUUUCUGAACCAAAGCAGACUUCUUUGGUUCUCCUGCCUUUGUAGCUGUGGUUGGAAAUGCGGCUCCUCCUUAGUCAGAAAGAGAGCCUGGCCGGCGUGGGGGCACAGAAGAGGGAUCGCUGAGCUGCAGGAUUUCCCAGAAAGCAGAAUUGAGUACUUCUAGGGGCUUGCGGCUGGCUAAGAGGCUGUCUGACCUAAACGACUUGUCUUUCCUUGCAGGGCAAUGCAAGGAGCAUGAGUGCGAUCGAACCGUGCCUGUGGCAAAUGCUGCUUUCCACCCAGCUGGAGGUAGAAGCGGAGACCGUGCCUGCUGGACGCGGAGGGCUCCUGCGGUGACCCUUCCCACUGGGGCGCGGGUGUCCCCGCAGUGUCUAUACCUAUGCAUUUUGGAUCGAUAAUCGACCCCUCGCCCUGCCUGCUGGGACUGGGCAGGAGAGCCUGGGAGCAGAGCAGGAGCCCGGUGCUGGCCAUCGCUGCUGCCUGGGAGGGGUUUUUCAGCAGCUGAGGGGAAGUGGGAGGUUUUGCAUGUGUCUGGGUGUGUUUGGAGUAGUUGUGAGCGUAGGAGAUGCUGUAGCUCUUUUCCGUCUUGGAGUGAGAUCUAAGGGCAGGUUAGAUGUCCUUUCAUUUUAAGGUGCACUAAAUCUUUGCAGUUCCUCAACCUUCCCCCCUCCCAAUCCCGCUGGCCCUUUUCUUAUGGAAGCAAAACCAAUUCUCAGCUGAGCGAGAAACUGGGAGCCUGUUCACCCAGCCCACAGCGAGCAGGUGCUUGCUGACCGUGGGGUACCCAAACCAGCUUGGAGGUACCCUGGGACUCACACGCUUCCAUUGCAGACUCAAGUCCCUUGCAAGAAGUUGGGUGCUUGCUCGUUUUCCAUGGAAAUGCCAGUUUACGUGGAGAUCCUCCUCCUCCUCAGCCACCCAAGGGAGCAGGUAGAUACCGGCGCUGGUGGGGAGGAGACGGCAUGCUUUGCGGUAACUCCCCAGGCUCUGCAGGGAUGGGGGUCUCCUCUCCGUGGGUCGGAGGCAGGGGUGUGAGCAGAGGCUGCAUGGGGCAGGCCUGGGUUUGCCUGGGCACUGCCUCCUGCUGCUGUGGGUGCUUUGGGGAUUAACACAGGGCUUUAUUUGCCUUUCUCCUCGCCCCUUGCUGCCUGGAUGGCUGGCAUCGUUUGGUCCCUGGGGCAGUGCUGGUGCCAUGGGCUGUGACCUGUAAUUCCUGACAUUUUGCCCUUGGGAUGCAGCAGAGGCGAAAGCUGUGGCUGCACUGCCAAUGCCCCAGGUGCCCCAUCGCUCCCAGGCAGAUGGUUACAGCUUUCUCUCCAUCCGCUGCCCCGGCAUGAGCGCUGUGGCUCCUCUGGCUCAUGCCCCUGCCUUCGCGUCACGGAAGGUUUGUGCUGCUCUGGGGAUGCGGGUAAUUCCCACUAGGAGCAUCCCAUCUUCUGUCCUGCUGCCAGGAGAGCCUGAGGAGGGUUGCCGUAUUCGGCACUUCUGUGCAAAGCCUUUCCUGUGGUGUUAGCAGUGCUGUCCUCAGCCUGGCUGUCGGGACACCCAGCCCAGGGCUGCUUUGCUCUCUCUGGUGUGCUGGCACAUCCCUGCGGCAUCGCUCCGCAGAAUGUGGCCGAGCUCCUGCAAAGCUUCAGCCACGGCUUGUGCUUUUCCAGGGUGGGAUGUGCACCCCAGUCCCCACCAGUGAAGGGGCUCCCCAGGCAUAUUAGACCAAAAAUCCCUGUGAAGUCCCCGUGCUACUUAUUUUCAGUAGUGUUUGCUGCUGAUUCGAUUCUUUUAUUUAUUUUUCUUUUAGAAGCGUUGCAUUUUGACGCCUUGACGCACAAUUCUGCGUGCUGGGGCUGGUGGUCCUGCUCCUUCUGCUCGGCCUUGCAGGGCAGGCUGGGAACCUGCUGCUUUUGGUGCCUAUGUCUGGGUUUCGCUGGGGGCUACAGCCUUGCAGUGGGAGAAGUUUGGAGGCAGAGGGGGCUCUGAGCUUUGGUUUGCUGUGUUUUCUGGAGCAAAGCUUCUACUGGGAGCUUGCCCGUGUGGGAAGGUGUCCUGCUCUUGUGAGACUCUGCCUGUGGUUUUGUCCUGGUAUGGGAUUGACGCCAGCGUUUGCUAUCACUGAUGUUUUGUUUUUCAAAAAGCGUGUGGAAGGGGGUUAGAAACCUUAAAUACUGUUUUCCUGAAGAUUUGGGGGGGGGGAGGAGGAGGAGGAGGGGUAAGCACCUUUUGGUUUGAAAUAAGGCAGAUGUAUUCUUUUGACCCAGUGGGACAGAAAUGUCUCUGGCAGCACUUGCAUAUAAAAGCCAGGGGAAGAGAUUCCCUGACAAACGGGUAUAGCCCCAAGGUGGGCUCCUGGCUGGGAGAGGAUGCUGCAUCCAGAGAGGCUGUGGGAGCUAGCUCCCCAAAACCCACAGGGAAGGGCUGGGGCUGCGCACCAGCCAUCAG